AUGUCUGCAGUGUCGGUCGCUACAGUAAAAGUCUGGUUGCGCUUUUCAGAAUUCAGGCUGCUGUUGGACAGAAUGCGGCACCUCUUCAUAGGACUGAAGGUGCGCUGCCGAAACCCGGCGACCACGCGCAGGGCGCCGGUGUACAGUGGAGAUGGCUCCCAGUCCUACCGUCACCGCAGGAGUCCAGCUGGUAACUACACUAAAGCAGUGCAGCCCCAGCCGCAGGUCACAGGGCGGGAGCUCCAGGAAGGUCAGGAUGUCCGUGUGGAGGACUGGCUCAUCUUACAGGCAUCAGCGGAGCUGAAGGGCUGGAAGCCCCACACAUUAGAAAACAUAGACGAAGAAUUCGCACCUCUUGACCCCUCCCACAUGGGCACCAUCCACCAAUCAGAGCUGACGUACUUGUUCCUCAGACGACAGGUGCCUCUCAAGCUGCCCACGAUGGCCUCUCUCCUGCACACCUUUUCCUGCUCGGCGCACCCAGAGCAGGUGCUGUACGAGAAAUUGCUGCAGUUUAUACAGAGUCUGCUUCCAGGUCAGGUGGCUCAGAGCAUUGAGGAGAUCUAUGUGGCCCCCAGUGAAACAGAGACUUGGCCUCAAAGGUUCCAGAAACUGGAAAGCGCCUUGCAUAUGUGUGACAGCCGGAAUACAGGAUGUAUUGAAAAGGAGCAAGCCCAAUGCCUGAUUGAGAGCUAUAACCUGACCUUCGACCUGGGCCUGAGUCCUCUCAGGGUUAAUGAGGUCAUCAGAAAGGCUCAGCUAGGGGGCAGAGUUCACCUGGCCACCGCCCUUCUGCUUCUGAAGAACAGAUGACCCGGCCUGGAUUCACAGUGUGAGGGACGGAGCUGGUCUGGGAUCAGCUUCCUCAACUGAUAGUGGUGACUUUAGCCUCAAGCAAUGACUCUAAAACUGUCCUUUGUGGUCAGAAUGUCAGAUCAUUUCAGUGCACUAUCAUUACUGAUAUGUGAAAUAUUUAGGUGAAAUAUUUAGUUGGAAAUUCACACUCCAGAAUGUUCGCUGUAAUUUGAUUGAGUGGUGGGAGUGAAUGGAACGCUUCAGACCUCUUGCUGUAAUGUGAUUGGGUGGUGGGAUAGAGUGGAACACUCCAGACUGUUCGCUGUAAUGUGAUUGGGUGGUGGGAGAGCGUGGAACACUCCAUACCUCUCGCUGUAAUGUGAUUGGGUAGUGGGAGAGCAUGGAACACUCUAGACCGCUUGUCUGUCCUGAUGGGGCUGGUGAAUAAACAAAUUAUUCUGAUCUAGUCAUAUUAAAAUUUGAAUAUUGUGAUGUGAUAUUUGUUUUAAAAUGAGCCUAGGGAAAACUUUGGCUCAAAAAAUAUUCAAAUAAUG